UCCACGGGCUGAAACACCACAAAAUCCCAGCAGAACAUUACAGCGCCGCAGCUGAACCGAGCUGGCGGGGAGGUGGAAGGGGGUGGGAAAAGUGUCCUUUUUGUAUUAAGCCCCCCCCGGAGCCGAGUGGACAGGACCCAUUGCUGACAUCGAACGGAGGCCCGAAGAAGCUGAAGAGGAGGGAGAGGGCUAUCUGUCGUUGGAAAAGAAAAUAAUGUAAAAAGUUGCAGUUGGGUUGAUUGAAUGGAAAGUUCACACAGCCCCGGCUCACAGGAAAUACUGACGGAUUGGAGAUUUGCGUUUGACAUGAGCUGAGAAACAAACAAUGUGGGAAAAUAAAACAAAGAAAGAAAGGAAUUCGGCUGACGGAAUUGCAUUUUUUUUCCCCCUGGAUUUUUGUCAGUGAAAGUUGCCUCGAAGGUUGCAUUGUUCACUGCAAUGCUGUAUUAGUGAGUGGCCGGAGGGGAGCUGAUUGACUUGGGGUCUGUCAGUGCGGACCGAGCUCCCGGGAGAGGUAUCCCUGUGAGCAGCAGCAGCCCGAGGCAAUGCCAGCCCCUGCGGGGGAGAGCUUGGACAAUCCCUCCCUGGGAGACCUGCACACGUCCACCUCGGCCCUUCACCUUCCACUUGCCGUCGCCCGCGUCUCCCGAGAGGCGAUCCGGAAUUUCCACCACACCAAGCGGGUUGGAAGUUACCUGAUUGGGAGGAAGUUAGGCGAGGGAUCUUUCGCCAAAGUUCGGGAAGGGUUACAUGUCCUGACCGGGGAGAAGGUGGCUGUAAAAGUCAUUGAUAAGAAGAAAGCCAAGAAAGACUCCUACGUAACAAAGAAUCUACGGCGAGAAGGUCAGAUUCACCAAAUGAUUAGGCAUCCAAAUAUUACACAGCUUUUGGACAUAUUAGAAACAGAGAACAGCUACUAUUUGGUGAUGGAGCUAUGCACGGGAGGCAACUUGAUGCACAAAAUAUAUGACAGAAAAAUAUUGGAAGAAGCGGAGGUAUGUCGAUACAUCAAGCAGCUUACUCUAGCAGUGGAACAUCUACACCGGGCAGGAGUGGUCCACAGGGAUCUGAAGAUUGAAAAUCUUUUACUGGAUGAAAAGAACAAUAUAAAAUUAAUAGAUUUUGGACUGAGUAACUGUGCUGGUAUCUUGGGUUAUUCUGACCCCUUCAGCACUCAGUGUGGGAGUCCAGCAUAUGCAGCUCCAGAGUUAUUAGCACGCAAGAAAUAUGGCCCCAAAGUGGAUAUAUGGUCAAUUGGUGUGAAUGCUUAUGCGAUGCUGACUGGCACUUUGCCUUUCACAGUGGAGCCAUUCAGCUUGAGAGCUUUGCAUCAGAAAAUGGUGGAUAAAGAUCUCAAUCCCCUACCUCCUCAUCUCUCAUCAGCUGCCGUUAACUUUCUACGAUCCUUACUUGAACCUGACCCUAUUAAACGGCCCAAUGUCCAGCAGGUACUGUCUGAUCUCUGGCUGAAUGAUGACCAUCCCGGGACACCAAUGUGCAGCAGUGUUUACCCAGACCGGCUUCACCCUGGAGACUUGAAUCAGAAUGUGCUGCUUCACAUGACUGAGAAGCUGGGAUAUAAACAUACUGAGGUGGUAAACACUGUGCUGGCAAACCGAGCUUCACACAUCCUUUCCAUUUAUUUUCUGCUAAACAAGAAGUUGGAUUACUAUUUUAAAAGCAUCCAAAAACGAGACUUUGCAAAUGGUAUUUGCUACAAGAAUCUGCUGCAUCAGUCUGAUAAAUACAGGCUCAAGGGAAUACAGGAGGAAAAGAAGCCCAAGAAUCCAGAAAGAGGAGUGGAGUUUUUCCAAAAAACAUCUGUGAGAAAAGCAGAGAGAGGCUCUAAACCUUUAAGUCCCAGUAAAACUGUGCUGAAGGAGAAAAAAGUUCCCGAAUCUGAGAGAGGGCUGAUUCUGGAACCUUACCUUCCUAUAGCUACGCCAGCAGGUGAAGCUAGAGCCAGCAAGAAUGGAUGUGUCAGCUCACAAUCCUUAGAGUAUUUGGAAAUGAAUUGUCCUCUCCCCAGAACCCCUAUGCCUAUCAGACAACAUGGCUGUCAGCCACUAGAAACUGUGAGCACAAAACAAGGGGCAAAGGGCAUCUAUCCCAUUGUGAACAGUAAAUAUCCUACCUGCAAGGGGCAAGAUCAAAUUGAACUAAUUUCUCAGCAGAAAGCCAUGGGACCAUCUGGGAUUUUGUCUUACUCAUCCACUGAACAGACUGCAGUUUCAAUUCAGCAGCAUGGGUGUUUAAGGUCCAUGAAAACACUGAGUCAUCCUAGUCACACCAUUCCAACGCAUGAAGAAAAGAAAGACCUUAUGGGAUCCCAGAUGGUGUCCCAUAUUCCAUCUGUUUCCAAUGAUGCAAGAUCCAUUGAAAUGGGCAAUCCUUAUCUGGUUAAAAGCAGGGGCAAGUUUCCAAUGAUGGGCAUUGGUCAGAUGCUGAGAAAACGGAAUCAAACGAUACAAUUAAAAACAGACAGACCCAAAGAAACGUGUUGUCCUGAGUUUCCCACAUCAGAUAUUAUACAGAAGAUGCUGUGUACUUCUGGUAGUCUGGAACCCCAGUGCUGAUUUCAGUUGUCAACCAGAAUUAAAUGUUGAUGUAACUUAUCUCAAAGGGACACACAUCGAGUUUGCAGAAUUGUUCACUAUAUUUUUUCCAUGAAUAUUUCUUCGUAAAGUUUCUCAGGAACAUAUCUUGAAAAUAUUUAAUCUAAAUUUAGAAUGCAAAGCUAGUUUGAAUGGUGCAAGGCCAAAUGUUUGUUCACGUAUCUGUAUAAUUUGAAACAGCACAAAGUUAAUUGAUUCUGUGUGUAAUAACAGCAUGAAAACCUUUGUAAAAAAAACAUUGUUCAUUGGAUCAUUUUCAUUUAAGAAUUGUGAACUUUUCAACUGAUGCUGAAUUUUUUGACAUUGUAGGCAGCCACUCAUCAAAGGGCUGAAGGUAUUAUACUUGAGAAACAUUUAGAUUGUGUUUUUAUUCCAUAUAUGUGCUAUUAGAGUCAUAGAGUAUUAUCCCAACCCAAUCUAGUCCCACCUGCUAGCACCCGGUCCAUAUCCCUCCAAACCCUUCCUAUUCAUAUACCCAUCCAAAUGCCUCUUAAAUGUUGCAAUUGUACCAGCCUCCACCACAUCCUCUGGCAGCUCAUUCCAUACACGUACCACCCUCUGUGUGAAAACGUUGCCCCUUAGGUCUCUUUUAUAUCUUUCCCCUCUCACCCUAAACCUAUGCCCUCUCGUUCUGGACUCCCCGCCCCCAGGGAAAAGACUUUGCUGAUUUAUCCUAUCCAUGCCCCUCAUAAUUUUGUAAAUCUCUAUAAGGCCACCCCUCAGCCUCCGACGCUCCAGGGAAAACAGCCCCAGCCUGUUCAGCCUCUCCCUGUAGCUCAGAUCCUCCAACCCUGGCAACAUCCUUGUAAAUCUUUUCUGAAUGUUUUCAAGUUUCACAACAUCUUUCUGAUAGGAAGGAGAUCAGAAUUGCACGCAAUAUUCCAAAAGUGGCCUAACCAAUGUCCUGUACAGCCGCAACAUGAUCUCCCAACUCCUGUACUCAAUAAUCUGACCAAUAAAGGAAAGCAUACCAAACGCCUUCUUCACUAUCCUAUCUACCUGCGACUCCACUUUCAAGGAGCUAUGAACCUACACUCCAAGGUCUCUUUGUUCAGCAACACCCCCUAGGACCUUACCAUUAAGUGUAUAAGUCCUGCUAAGAUUUGCUUUCCCAAAAUGCAGCACCUCGCAUUUAUCUGGAUUAAACUCCAUCUGCCAAUUCUCAGCCCAUUGGCCCAUCUGGUCAAGAUCCUGUUGUAGUCUGAGGCAACAUUCUUCGUUGCCCACUACACCUCCAAUUUUGGUGUCAUCUGCAAACUUACGAACUGUACCUCUUACGCUCGCAUCCAAAUCAUUUAUGUAAAUGACAAAAAGUAGAGGGCCCAGCACCGAUCCUUGUGGCACCCCAUUGGUCACAGGCCUCCUGUCUGAAAAACAACCCUCCACCACCACCCUCUGUCUUCUACCUUUGAGCCAGUUCUGUAUCCAAAUGGCUAGUUCUCCCUGUAUACCAUAAGAUCUAACCUUGCUAAUCAGUCUCCCAUGGGGAACCUUGUUUAAUGCCUUACUGAAGUCCAUAUGGAUCACAUCUACUGCUCUGCCCUCAUCAAUCUUCUUUGUUACUUCAUCAAAAACUCAAUUAAGUUUGCUGAGACAUGAUUUCCCACGCACAAAGCCAUGUUGACAAUCCCUAAUCAGUCCUUGCCUUUGCAAAUACAUGUACAUCCUGUCCCUCAGGAUUCCCUCCAACAACCUGCCCAUCACUGAGGUCAGGCUCACUGGUCUGUAGUUCCCUGGCUUGUCCUUACCACCCUUCUAUUCUUUUACUGAAUAUAAAUUGUCAACAUUCUUCUGAAGUAAUUAUGUAUUCUAGGCAUUCUUUUGUUAGAAGGUGAGACGUUUAACAAAAAAACUGAAGAGAUCAUGAAAUCUAGCAAAUACCAUGAGAAACUGGCAUAUACUAUUUAAUG